CACCGGGACCCGUCCGCUCUCCUCGGGGACCCAGGGGCCGAGCUUCAGCACCCUGCGAAAGAUGGUGGCGGGGUCCGGACGUGCAGCGCGCGUGGCUUGGCCCUUGCGAGCCACUGUCCCCGCGCGGCACGCGCCCCUCUCGCCACCGCAAGGGCCCCGAGCCCCUUCCGAUCUCCUUGCUGACUACACUGCCGCACCCCAGAGGUCCCGCGCGGGGAAGCGGACAGUACCUGAGACCGGAGGCGCCUCCGCCAUCCCGUGCUGUGCCGCAGCACCUCAAGCGAGCCCCGCCACCGAGCGAGCGCUGUCACCUGGUCACGUGUCCCGGAUUUCCGGCGCCGAGAAUGCGCUCCUGCGCGCGUGUGGACGGCCAGGGGGGUGGUGCCGCUCAAAUAGACGGUGGAGUGGCGCGUUUGGGACGUCAGACAAAUGCGACGCGCCUGGGCGGAGUCGGGGGGACGGGCGGGUGGCUGCAGAGGGCUCGAGUCGCGGGAGCUGGUGUCCUCCGGUUGCAGCGCCUUUUUUCAUGUCCUGCCAUCUGCCCAGCUUUAAAUGGCCAUUUUGCAUAAAAGCACUGGAGUGACAGGUGUGUGGCUACAUACCUGUCUAUGAGAUCUGGACAUCAUAUCCAGGGCUUUGUGCAUGCUAGGUAAGGACUCUAUCAACUGAACUACAUUCCCAGUCUUACUUACUAAGUUUUAUUCUUCAUAGUUUAAAUAAUCCAAUAAAUAAUUAACUAGUGUGUCUGGAAUGGGACUCUCUUUCUCCUUUCUCCUCUCUCUCAAUAUUUAUUUAUUUUCUGUGUAUGAGUCUUGUCUGGAUGUAUAUCUGUGCACAAUGUGCAUGUCUUCUGUCUGUAAAGGUCAGAAGAGGGCACUGGAUACCUUGGAACUGGAGUUACAGAUGGUUGUGAACCAAUAUGUGGGUGCUGGGAAUUGAACCCAGGUCCUCUGCAAGAGCAGCAAGUACUCAACUACUGAGCCAACUUGCCACCUCAGGAGUGGGACUCUCUUUAAUAUGACCACUCAAAAGGUAAAUAGAGAAGUGCUACUUGAGAGGCUAAGGCCAAAGGAUUGCUUCGGUUCAGGAGUAAAGGACACCUGAGACCCUGUCUCUAAAUUAAUUUAACAAAACAAAAACAGACCAGGAAUAUAACUCAGUAUAAUGUGCUUACUUAACAUGUGUGAGGCCCUAGGGUAAAUUCCCAGCACCACACACACAUACACACGCCCCAAACAACUAAUACUUCCAUUAAGCAAGGCUCAUGCAUCUAUCAACAAUGCUUUCCUAGGAAAUGGUAAAACCUGUAAAUAGCACCUAGUGCUAGUAAUCACAGAUUACAUAUAUGAUAGAAAAUGCUAUUGUAUGAAGAUAGUUGGCCUAGUGGCAGAGGCCUGACAGUUCAAUGCCAGCCUGAACAACCUGAAAAGACCCUGUUUCAAAAGAAGAUAUAGUUCCAGUGGAAGAGUGCUUGCCCAGCAGGUGAAAGGUCCCCAGGACCUGGAAAACCAAA